AUAAUUAAUUUUUUUCAAUUAUUAUUACUAUGUUUUAUUUCUAUUGAAUUUAUCACUCGAUAGAUAGUUUUGUUAAACUAGAUCUACCACUCUUAAUACAUUUGAAUGGAAUAGAAAGCAAUUUUUCAUUUUUGAUAAAAACUCAUUGAAAACUAUUAUGCAUAUUUACAUUAAUCAUUCCGUAUAUGAACUAAAUAUUUCCUUAUAUUCUUUAUGCAAAAUCAUGUAGCUAUAAAAAAUUUAGUUUUACGAGAUAAGACUAAAACUAUCAAAGAAGAAUUUUAAAUACUAAAUAUUCCAUAAGAUUUGAUUUCACUCGAUCUAAAAUCUCUUAUAAUAAAAAUGCUGUUGGGAAAAUUAGCAUUUAUUACAGGAGCUGGUGGCGGGAUUGGAAAAGCUAUAUGUAAACAAAUGGCUUUAGAAGGAGCUAAAGUUGUAGCUGCUGAUGUAAAUAUCAAUCAAGUACAAUCAACUAUUGAAGAUCUUAAAGGUGGGGAACAUAGAAGUUAUCAACUUGAUAUAUGCGAUACUGAUUCUGUUAAUAAUGUUAUUCAACAAAUAUGUUCUCAUUAUUUAGCUCCACCUACAAUUUUAGUCAAUGCUGCAGGAAUAACAAGAGACAAUUUUUUAUUAAAAAUGUCUGUUCAAGAUUUUGAAAGAGUUUUUGAAGUUAAUAUGAAGGGUACAUUUGUAGUUACUCAAGCCGUAUGCAAGCAAUUAGUAGAGAAAAAUUUAUCUGGUUCUAUUGUUAAUAUUGGUAGUAUAGUUUCUCAAAAAGGUAAUAUUGGCCAGUGUAAUUAUUCUGCUAGUAAGGCAGCUGUUGAAGUUUUUAGUAAAACUGUUGCUUUAGAAAUGGCAAAGUAUAAUAUAAGAUGUAAUACGGUUUUACCAGGUUUUACAAUUACUCCAAUGACUGAUAUAGUACCAGAAAAAGUAAAGAACUACUUUAAAUCUGCUGUUCCAUUAGGCAGAUUUGCUGUUUCUGAAGAAAUUGCCGAAGUCAUAAUUUUUUUAGCAUCUGAUAAAAGUUCAUAUAUGACUGGAACAUCUAUUCCGGUUAGUGGAGGAUAUUAGCUGUUAAACUUGUUAUGCAAAAUUAUACUCCAUGCUAGUUUGUAAAACAAAUAUGUUAUUUGAAAUUUGUAUCAUUUAAAUGUAAAAAUGGGUUAUAAUAUUUCAAGAAUAACAUUCUGUAAAAAUAAAUAUUAAUCCCAUUAUAUUUUUAAAAUAAUUAUUAAAAAUUGUUGGGUAAUUUAAUUUAUAACCUUGUUUUAAAAGUUACUAUAUAAACUUGGGACUCUUCAGAGAGUCUGAAACAAAUUUUCUAAAUGUAUAUAAUUCACAGUUCUGCUUAUAACUUUUUACGUUUAUCAUGGUUUAUUAUAUGAGGUAGUUUGAAGAAUAGAAAGGCUACUUUUAUCCUACUUUAAUUUUUUAAAUUUAUCAUUUAAAAAUUAUAAAUUUUUAACAAAUAUUGUUUUACUAUACAUUAUUAAUUUUAUGUUUGACAAUAUUUUAUAGUUAUUCAUACAACAUAUUUUUAAUUUUUAGAAAUUUUGAUAAUUAAUUUUGUUUAAAACGUUAUGUCUAGUGUCUUCCAUCUCUGGAAUAACAGACGAGCAAAUAGAAUUGAAGAGUGGAAAAAGUCAUAAAAUAUUGUUAUCGACGACAGAAAACUUGUCAGAGUUCUUGUCAUGAACGACAUGCGCAAAUAUUUUAGUUAUCGUCUUCUCUUAUGUGAAUGGAAUUUUUUUGUGGUAAUGCCGAAACAGGUGGGAUGUUUGUUCCUGGAACACCACUACCUCCAUCGACAUCAUUCAUGCACAAGCACAUAUAAUAAUAAUAUUGUAGACAACGUGACUAAAUGAUACUUCUGCGUCGGUUGGGCCAGACAUUCUGUCUGCAAUCCGAUUCCUC